CUCGAGCAGGGAGGAUGUACGACGCUCCGCUCAGGGGAUCUUUAGACCAUGUGAACGCGCCUUGGGGUUAAUGCAGCUCGGUGCGAGGGGCGGCUUGCGAGACAGACAGUCAGUCCGUUCGAAAUGCGUUGCCGAAUGACUGGCGGUGGGAGGGAAGGGGGGCGAGACAGUCUGUGAUCAGAUUGGGAUCCGUGUGCCAGUUACGGCGGUUCGUUCGCUAUGACUGGUGUUGCAUUGUGUGUUUUCGGGGCAGUUCGAAUCCCUUGUUGCUUAAAGAAUGACGGAAUGCGGGGAUAGCGUCUGCGCUCCACCACGCUUCCGAUGCAUCGAGUGGUAGUGUCGAGAAACACGGAGACGAAGAGGACACAGAAAAGGGGGGUUGGAUGUUGGAUGCUGCAUCAGGAAACCUCGAGAUAAAGAAGAAGAAGAGGAAAAGAGAAGGAGAAGAAGAAAGGGAAGAAAAGGAGUAUUGGAGAAAUUCUUCAAGAACACGAGCAAUGGCCGGAGGAGAAAGUCGGAUUCGUAACUCACGUGAAAGGUUUAUAAAAAGGAGGGUUAUGAAAUAGCAUUGGAUAAAAAGAGAGAAAGAGAAAGAGAAAGGGAAAGAGGUAGAGAGAAAGAUUGGCUCAUAGUUUAGGAAGAAAGGGAGAAAGAGAAAGAUAAGAAAAUAUAUAUAUAGAGAGAGAAAAAAUUAAAAAAUCUAAAAAAAUUGAGAGAUCUAUCUAUCUAUUAUCUAUAUUUGUGUGAAUUGUGUCGAAAGCCAAAGUUCACGGAAGAUGAAAACCGUAAGAAGAGUGACGAGCAACAAUUGUUCGGCCACCGGCGAAUACCAUCACAGGCAAACAAUCCGGUUUUCAUCGACGCGAACGGUCUGUCGAGGGAAGUCAUUUUACCAAGCCAAUUCCCCUUCGCCUACGUCAUCAGCGGCCGUGACGUCAUCAUCGGCUGGACCCCACGGUGACGUAGGCUCGUGUGACGUCACCCCUAAACUGACCAAUAGAAUCGUCUAUGGUGUACCGGUUCUGUUGGCGGUCUUGCUGUAUCUCAACACGCUCCACGCUGGCUUCGUCUACGAUGACCAUCGCGCCGUGUUGGGGAACCGAGAUGUUGUGGGCACGACUCCCUGGUGGUCAGUGUGGGGGCACGACUUCUGGGGCUCCCCGCUCUCCAGGAAGGGCUCCCACGGCUCCUGGAGGCCCCUCACCACGCUCUCCUUCAGGAUGAACGCGGCGGCGGCGCGCGCCCUCGCCCCUGACUACGAGCUGGCCGGCGGCGAGAGUGGCGGUGCCCCUGCGGUGCCCGCGCCCGCCGUGCCACCCGCUCCCGCGCCCACCGUGCCUUCGCUGGCGCCCUCGCUCAACGCCGCCUUCCCUGCCUCCUCCUUCCACGCCGUCAACGUCCUCCUGCACGCCGCCGUCACCGCCGCCUUCGUGGGCGUGCUGCAGUGCGUCGGCGUGGGGCCGUGGGCGUGCCUAGGCGCCGGCUCGCUCUUCGCCGCCCACCCCGUGCACGUCGAGGCCGUCGCGGGCGUGGUGGGGCGCGCGGAGUUGCUGGCCGCCCUUGCCUUCUGCCUGGCCCUCGCAGCCUAUACCAAGUACCUCCGCGGGCGUGCGACGGGACGGGCGUGGGCGCGGCGGGCGGGCGGCGCCUGCGCCCAUGGGUGCCUGCGAGCGGAGGAGAGCCUGGCGGCGCACAAGGCGCUCAGCUGUUCGUCCGGCUUCUCGUGGGGCGCCGGAGAGUCUUGGUGCCAGCUACAGCUGCCAGCGUGGGCGUGGCUGGCCCUCAGCGUGGGCGGCGCCGGAGUGGCCAUGGCGUGCAAGGAGCAGGGCGUGACGGCGCUCGGCGUUGGACUCUUGCUGCACGCGGCCGCCGUCGUCUCGGGGACGCCCAGGAACAAGUCUCUAGUGCACGCCCUCAUCCGCGAGCUGUGGCCGGGCUGUGUGGGCUCGGCCAUGCUGCUGUGGGCGCGCGUGAGCCUGGCGCCCCACACGCCCUCCUUCACGCCCGCGGACAACCCGGCCGCCCACGCGCCGUCGCUGCUGACGCGCACGCUGAGCAUCGCGCGCGGGUGGGCGGUGCACGGGCGCCUGCUGGUGUGGCCGGCGACGCUGUCGUUCGACUGGUCCAUGGGCGCCGUGCCGCUCGUGACCUCGCUGGGCGACGCCGCCAACUUGGAAACGGCGGCGCUUCUGGCGGUGGUGGCGGCGGGGGCCGCCUCUGCCGCCGCCGCCUGCUGGAGGGCGCGCAGCCGCGUCGCUUACUUCACCAAACUGUACACAUAUCACAGCCACCACGCCUAUCACGACGUGCUCAACAACAACGUGCAGCACGGGGACGUCGACGGCACCCUCCCCGCCGCCCCCGCCGCCCCCUGCUGCGCCGCCAGCCACUCCGCCGCCUGGUGGCACUCCAACCCGCUCCUGCUGGUGCUCGCGUGGGCGCUGCUCGUCGUGCCCUUCCUCCCCGCCUCCAACCUCGCCGCCUACGUGGGCUUCGUCGUGGCAGAGCGAGUCCUCUACCUGCCGUCGAUGGGCGCGUGCCUGCUGGUGGCGCUCGGGUGCCAGAGCCUGUGGCACCGCCUCGGCUCCUGCAAGAGCCAUCGCACAGAGCCACGUAGUACUAAAAGCAGACGCUGCCUCCGAGCGCGCCGCGGAAGGAUGGCACUCGCAGGCACUUGGGUCUUCCUCUUGCUCCUCCUCAGUGCCAGAACUUGGAGGAGAAACCAGGACUGGGCCAGCGACGAGACACUCUAUCGCUCCGGCGUGCACAUCAACCCGCCCAAGGGAAGCCCCGACGGUGUUCCUCCGCGAGUCCGACUUAUCGAUAAUAGGAAACAGACAAAAACAACUCUGGUGCUUACUCCGCCGCAGGAACUAGUUCGUGCUCUUCUUGGGGUAGACUUUUAG